UGUAAUUUGUGUACAAAAAAAACACAGUCUAAUGUGCGCCACUUGAAAUUUCCAUCAAACACAAUAGAUAAGGUUUAUGAAUUUAUUUCUGCUGGCGCACCCUUUCGCUUCUAUUCCCUUCUCUCCGAACAAAUAGCAGGUAACCGAAAUCUGAGCGUUAGACGCCUGUCUGAAAUAUGCUAUAUAUAAAAUGCUAUACUCAGUCUGGAUGCAAUACGUAUUAACAAGUGUGAUCUCAAAAAAUAGAUGGUACUUUAUAGCAUUUAUCGCUGCGUAUUUGAUACGGCUUUUCGUCGCCAAAAUGAAAACCAGACCUAUGUGCAACCUAUAGGGAAACGGCAUGUAUGUUAGCUUCCCAGAUUGAGCAAUUUUGCAACACACCAUUAGAACGUCUAUCUGAAUAUAACGAAUAUUAGAACGUCCAGUUGCAUGACUCCGAUAAAACGUACCAUUGCUUCCUUUAAUAUCACAGUAUGAAAAGUUACGAGUGUGCGCCAUGUUGUGUAACGUUCAACCAAGGAGAAAUUUUAGGAGGUAGAAAACUGUGGAUUUUUGAAAUUGUAUUAGUCGCCAAAUUGACGAGUCAAAACGACGUCCCAUACUCUUUCGUUUGCAAAUUAGCAAUGGCAAUUGUCUGAAACCUUUUUCGUUCUAGCCCCUUCGUCCGUUAUCAGUUCACCUUGUAUAUCAGGCCACAAGCUGAAAUGCAAUACCACGCGGAUCACAUAUCUUCUGUUGUACGUUCUCUCUUUGAGAGCAGCAAAGAUAGUUUCUUGCAAACGCUCAAUACAGACGAAAAACAACUGAUAUCAAUACAAAAACAAGACGUUUCGUGAACUGUGGUUCUAGUGCUCAUGAAACAGGCAAAUCAGCGUGGCAGCUCUCACUGUUAGCUUGCUCCCCGGUUGUCCUUGUUGUUUUAGCUGAACUAGCCUCUGGUGAUACAAUAGGUAGAGUUGUAGUUACAACCCUCACCGAUGUCAUCGCUUCUGCUAUUUUAGCUGCUCUAUUGACGCUCUGAACAGUGUACGUAGUCGCAAUUUGACCGAUUACCAAUUAUCGACAACCAGCGCGAUAUCUAAUUAUUACGCGGCAAUAAUCGCACGCGAACAUGGCACCACUACCACUACAACUGCUGCUAUAGGCACCAGCGUGGUACGUCGAUUCGACGCCAUAGCAACGGCCAUUGCGACCAUAGCACUGAGCAUUGCUACCGGCUUAGCGUAGAAAAGCCGGAGCGUUCCGUAUCCUCUUGACUGUGGAAGCAACAACAACAGCAGCGACGGCGGCUACGGUAACAGACCGUUACUACCUUCUAAUUCUCGCCCCGUUCGCCGCUUUGCUCUAUCACUUGCUGGCUGAUGAUCGGAUCUAUCGGUGGCGAAGUUCCAUCAGUCCGAAGGUAAAAAAGUCGACGAAGACGACGAAAAAAAAGUAGACGAAGAAGACACAUUGCCUUCGUUUCGUCUGGUCUGGCCCGAACCGCGCGCCUUCUUCGUCUCGUGUUUUGCUGUGUCGUUUUUAUUAGGGUACUUCUCGAAGUUUUUGUUGCUAUCGUGAUACCGGUGAGCGGCAGACGCUGCCAGCAGACUUCUUCGGAUCGAAGGUUUAUCUAGUAAAUACAUGCGGAAUGUAUGCAGCGGAUGGGACGGCCAUCGGAGCAUUGCGGUCGACGUAUGUCGUUCGUAGGUCCACAGGCGCUACGUGGUGCUACGUUGUCGUCUGCUAACGUUAGCGUCUUGCUGAAGUGGAUGAUCAGAAGGCAGGAACGUUGAUAAUAAAUCAGAUCACUUUGUCAUACAACAGUAGAAGCUGUGCGUACUAAUCGUACAGUGUCAUCGUUAAUUAAAUGCUUAUGUUACUGGGCUAUAGUAGGUGUACGAGCAGCGUUUCGAUGAGCUCGUAUACUAACAUGCAAAACCGGAUUAGGUCGGCCGACGUCUUCCUUUACUUCAGUUUUAUUGGCAUCGGCUGGCCGGUUAGUUAGGUGGUUUGCUGUGUCGGGAUAAUUAAAUAUGCGGACCAAUCGGACGUUUCGUACUGGGCUCUCAUUUAGUAGUCCACUCUAGUAACAAAAACGGGAAAAUGAUGCUUCUUGUCUAUAUAAUGCUUAAUUGAUUAUCAUUCGCUGUGAAACCUUUCUAGCCUAGAGAAAAUUUAGGAGUUUCGACUGUGUGAGAAAUUGCGGGCGCCUUGGAAAUGGGCAAUUUGUAAAAAGCUCUAUCAAUCCAAUAUACAAUGUAAAUGUGGUGCAUAGGCAAAAAAGCUAUUUCGAGUAAAAGUAAGGCAUAGCUAGAUUAAUGGCCGUUUACGCGCUUGAUAUCUAGAUCUAUGUAGAAAAGGCUAGUUGAAAAGCUCAAUUCGACCCUUCAGUCUAUUGAUAACUGUAAUGCAUUUGUGUAUUACAUUAUUUUUUUCGUAAAUUGCCAAUAGCUCAAUUAGCUGAAAGUAUCAAUGUAUGUAAAACAAAUUAAAAUUAAAAAAAAAAAGAUAGACUUGCGGCUUUGGCGGUCACUUCUGAAAAGGUGAAAGCAAAACGAUCAAAAACCAUUCUGGCAAUAGCGAAUGUUAUUCCGCUGCCCUUUUUUUUUUUUUAUAACACUCGUUGUAGCAAUGACAACUUUGUUCGCAAUAGCUUUAGCAAUAUCUGAGGUGAUUGAAUCAUAAUUUUUGAAAUUCUACUCAGAAAUUUACUAAGUCACUGCUAUCGGCCUUCAGAAAUCAGUUCACCCUCUACGAAUACUUCGUAAUCUGUAGUGCCAAAAAUUUAGCGAUUCUUUUUGAAGCAUGUAUAUAUAUGUAUAUAUAUAUAUAGACAACCAAAUUGAUUGUCUUCCAGUAUCAGUGUUCAGCGUUCAUGCAAAACCGGGAAGCGUACACAAACAAAGCGAAAAGUGGCAAGUGCCUGUCACUGUCCAACAGUCGUCGAACGAGUUGUAAUUAACGGUAAAAUAACGAGCUGUCUGUAUGUAUAUAUGUGCCUUAUGCUCUUCGCUUGUUUCGUUAAAUGUCGCUUGGCUAAACAGGCCAGCUAGUCAAUAACAUUUAAACUGUCACGUUGCUAUAUCACAAUUGAUCCGCCUCUUCUUCACCAAUACUUCACAUGUCUGAUAAGCCUGGUCUCGAACGAACGUUUCAUAUGUGUGCACACACACGAACCUUUAAUGGAUGUUGCAAGUCUAACCAUGUUGGUCAAGUGAUGCUUCAUGUCGUCACCGGAUGAUAGAUUUAUGCUAGUGAUGAUUGCACCCGUGUAGCUAGCUGUACAUGCAGCGGUAAGCGAGGUCUCCUCCAGGAAACAGGACGGAACCAACUCAACAACGAAGGACUUUGAUAAGAAGAAGCAGAAGUAAAUGAAAAAGGAAGCUUGCCGACGUUCUCUUGGCCCGAAGUCGAUAAUGUCACUCGAUUUCCAGCGGUUGGCAGGAUCGAUUAUCGUCUAUAUCUAAGCCAGCAGGCGAUAUUCAUCAGCGUGUUGUUGCACGCUAGGCCAUCACUAUGUUUGCGACAUCUAGCGCCAUCACCAAGAUGGUCAAAGAUCAUCAGAAUCACACUAUAGUUGUGCUGCUAUUGCCGCUUGUUUUCGUUGCUGCUAUUAUACACUGCGAUUACGGAUAGGUGCUGUUAAUAUUGCCGUCUCCAAUGGCGAUGCGUAUCCCGGUUCCGCAUCGUCAUGACGUUGUCAAUCCAUGUGUCGCUGACUUCUCUGUCCUACCUCAGAGCCAACGGUCGCAAAAGAUCGGUCGCCGUCUUCUCUUCGCGAAUGUCUCACACGUCGCAAAAAGCAAGAUGGCUUCGUAAGAAGGUGCCAGCAUUUGUUAUCGACGGCGACGACGACUGCAAGAAGAGCAGCAGCAGCAGCCGCAGAAGCCUUUACGGCUUCUGCGGCUGCUGGUGCUCAAGCCUGACGGUGACAUCGAGAACGAACGUCAAAAAUGGUAACUUGAUCGGAGGAUGAUUCUCGCUGCUGCCACCAAUGCUGCUGUCGCUGCUGUUACUCACGCCGUUUGACCUUUUUCUCCAUCUGCUAGGCCGGUCCGUUGGGUGAGUGCAGCAGCGGCAGGAAGGGCCAGAAAUCCAGCUUCACUGCGUUUGUCUGACUUUUACUAUGAGAUCAUUCAGUAAUAGAUAAAUUAAAAAUAGACGCUGAUUUCGCUGAAUAGAUAUAAAAGGCGUCUAGCUGGAUCCUAUUGGUGCGUACCAGCGACAACGACAGCGAUUUCAAACGAAACGUUUAGGGCUUGAAGCCGGGGCUCGUAGUAGCACGGUAAAAGCGUGAGAACUCGUAGUAUCUAAAAUCGUAACUGCUAUACGUUGGCUAAUUGCAAUUAUUACGAGGGGGCCUCGAUUGCAAGUAACACUGAAGCCGAUCUACCAGGAGAACGGAGUCAUAAGCGUUGGCUGUACUGCCGGUAAUGCGUGGAGCAAUCAUUGUUACAGUUAUACAACCAUUACUGGAGGAGUGGUUGUAGAAGUAGUACUUUACCUUAUCCCCAUCCGUUACUCGCCAUAUUGAUAGCAGAGACCGACCCCAUUUCGUUCUUAGCAGACUCUUUUCUUGCCUCGCUGCUGCUGCUACUGUUAGUUUCGAAUUUACCAUACAUUUUUUUACCGGUUACGUCGCCAACAACAUAAUCCAGUGAGAAUUAAGUACAGCAGACCCCAUCUAUCUUCUUCAUAUAUCACCUAUCCAUCCAUCCAUCCAUCCAUCCAUCCAUCUAUCUAUCUAUCUAACUCGCCUGGCGGGAUCGAUUGUAACUCUCUGGACAACGUGGAGGAACAAAGGAUGCGCGUCGCGAGCCGCGCUCUUGUACGUGUGAACAGACACGGAAUCAAAUAGCGAGCAGGCAGUGACGUGAGAGAGCUAGCAACUAGUCACUAUUGAUCAACUGCAAUUGCUGCAGCAUGUAUCCAGCCAAGGCUCUCUAGAAGGACUGACUGAGCAACGGUCUGUGCUCAAGCGUCCCUAAGGGAUGAUCUCGAUUAAAUGAGAAAUCGAAAGAGAAGAUCUCUACAAACCGUUAACGCUUUCACCAUCAGCAUCGGGAUGCUAUCAGCAUUAUUUGGGGAUGAACAUGAUUCGAACAGAUCAGUGACAGAUGUGUUUCACCGUACGUAGGUUGCCUACGUUGGCUGAGAGCUGCGAUGACUUCGUCGACUUUCUCGUUGUUUGAAUUGGCAUUUGGUUCCGUAGAGCAAUUGCUUGAUAAGUUGGAAUCAGUAGAAGACACAAAAGGCAAUCCUGGCGAGCGAGGCAAGAUCUUUAUUAGCAACAUGCGGCUGAUCUGGCAAAGCCACACCAAGCCUCGCGUAAACCUUACCGUCGGAUGGGCCUGUGUAACAGGUAUUUCAAGUCGUUCCGUCAACUCAGCUCUAAAAGGCCUCACGGAAGCGCUCUAUUUGAUGACUAGACUAAACAACACCAGAUUCGAAUUUAUCUUCACUAACCUGAUGUCGGGAACUCCUCGGCUGGUCGCGUCUGUACUAAACGUAUACAAGACUUAUAAUGCAACUCGACUAUACAGAGAACUUAAGCUGCGAUCAGCUAUUAUACAUAAUCGCGCCCUAAAGGUACUGCAAUUAGAACGAAUCAUCAGCAAAAUCAAUGGCGUCUGGAAUCUUAGCUCGGAUCAGGGUAAUUUAGGGACAUUCUACGUUACUAACGUACGAAUCGUGUGGCACGCUAAUCUUAACGAGAAUUUCAACGUCUCUCUGCCAUAUAUUCAGGUAGCAAGUCUUCGAUCACGUGAGUCGAAAUUUGGCAUGGCGCUGGUAAUAGAAACGACCGAAUGGAGUGGAGGCUAUCUAUUAGGGUUUAAGAUUGAUCCGCCUGAGAAGUUAAAAGAAGUAUUAAAAGAACUUCGUAGCGUAUGCAAGGUGCAUCGGGAAAAGCCUAUCUGGGGGGUCGAUGAGACGACACUGCAAACAACGCAGAAGGCUACCAUGGAACUUAUCAAUGAAGAAGGCAGUAUUGGAAUGCCGACACUAAUUGAAGAUGACGAAGUGUCUCAACAGGAUAUUCCACCCGACCUCUUAGCAGCGUACUAUGUUGACGGUGGCUUGGAAGAGGAUCGGCAAAUCGUUUACGCCGAGGAGUUAGGAUUAGCUGUGGAAGCUUUGACAGAAGGCUACACGCUCAAGAGCCUCUGGGAAGUUAUACCCAGCUAAGAAACUACCGCAGAUUAAAAUCUGACUCCAUUAUAAAUGAAGAGAAUCUAAAACAAUUAAAAUCGAGAGUAAAAAUUAAAAAAUACAUAUAGUAUGUAUAGAAUAGCCUUGGAUCUGGGUUCUUAAGAUCUCUCUAAGUGAUGCUCUCAGAAACUGGCUGUACCCAAAGCUCUCCAAUGGUUAUAAUGAAUAUGUAGUGACAAAUAUGAUACAACGUCACGAAAUACAGCAAGAGUACAAUCUACUUUAUUUAUUUUAGAGUUGAAAAUACUUGUAAACAUACCUGAACUAAGCAAGAACGUUAGAACAGUGAAGCAUAUAUACGUUCAAUCACACGAUAUACAUGUACAUUCAUAUAUACACACGAGGAAAUCAAAUGUAAGAAGAAGCAAAUAACCGUAUUAUUACUGAUGGUAGUCAUAGGCGAGCAGCAGCACUAGAUAUAUAUAUAUAUAUAUAUAUAUAUACUGGAACGGUUCCGUUAAACGAUUCCGUAAUUACGUUCGUUCUUCAACGUCGCAGGAGAUACUCACUAUGGUUAUGACAGUAGCAGCAGGAUGACUCAAACGCGCAAAAUCACUGAGAGGAUUUGAAGUCUUUAUGUCCCGUUCGUCAAAGUCGCCCAUUGAACAGUACCUACAGCCAGCAUUGAAGAGAAGAAAAACUGUAAUUAAUGUGGGGCGACCAACCACGACAACUUGAUACGAUAUCGAACACACGAUGCGAUGACUGACCAUAACCACAUUGUCGGCAAAUAGGCGACGAUAAGAAAGAACCGCAACGAAAAUCGCUAGGCCGAAAAUGCGGCAGGCGCAUUCGGCUGUGGAAAAGUCUACCGAAUGCACAUAACUCAUACCGCUUAGGCACAGAUAUUAGCAAUGCGUUAGGCGCGAACUACCUGCAGGUUACAAUCCGGCGAUGGUGCUACCGUGAAAACUGGUCACGCAAUGGGCACUUGAACUUUUGCAGGAAAACAGAGAACGUAGCCACAUUUAUCAGCAGAGACAAUUUUAAUACACACAUGCACAGACAAGCGUUUCUAUGUGUACGUGAUAAUACACGAUCUAAUAGAUCACGUUAUGAUAACCUAGACUGAGAUUAUUAGCCUGAGGAUAAAAUGUGACAAUUGCAGUUUUGAGAACCGAAAAAAGCGCGCCGCCAGGACGGGUGAAACAGUUUUACGAAGUCGAUGCUGUAGUAAUAAAAUCUGCGAUGUCGAGCGAG